UGCUCUGAUCAUAUAAUGUAUUUACUUGGAGGAGGAGGAGUUAUAUAUUAACUUCCUGAUUGAUUUCUCCCUGAUAGAAGCACCAGCAAUGCUACAAGGCGACAGAAAUUUGGGGACGUUGUUCUCCACCAGGAUGUCUAUGAAAUGGAUUUCAGUUCCUCUGCUGCUACGGCUGGCUUGUUACUUCAGCUCUGGGAGCUGCGGAAAGGUGCUGGUGUGGCCCACAGAAUACAGCCACUGGAUCAACAUACAGGCAAUGCUGGAUGAACUUGUCCACAGAGGCCAUGAAGUGGUUGUUCUGGCAUCCUCAGCCUCCAUUCUUGUUGAUCCCACCAAAUCACCUGCUGUUAAAUUUGAGAUUGUCCCUACAUCUUUAACCAAGGUUGAAUGUGAGGAUUUAUUUGGACAAAUGGUCAGUAGAUGGACAUAUGACCUUCCAAAAGAUAGAUUUUGGACAUAUUUUUCACUAACGCAAGAAAUUGGGUUAAAAUAUAGUGACUGUAUUGAAAAGCUCUGUAGAGAUGUAGUUUUAAACAGAAAAUUUAUGACAAGGCUGCAAGAAUCAAGGUUUGAUGUCUUUCUUGCAGAUGCCAUUGGACCCUGCGGUGAGCUGCUGGCUCAGCUACUCAACAUACCUUUAGUGUACAUAGUUCGUGCUACUGCUGGCUACACAUUUGAAAAGUACAGUGGAGGCCUUCCUUUCCCUCCAUCCUAUGUACCUGUUAUUUUGUCAGAAUUAAGUGAUAAAAUGACGUUCAAAGAGAGGGUGAAAAAUAUGAUAUAUGUGCUUUAUUUUGACUUUUGGUUCCAAAUAUUUAAUGAGAAGAGGUGGAAUAAGUUUUACAGUGAAACACUCGGAAGACCAACUGCACUUUAUGAGUUAAUGGGGAAAGCUGAUAUGUGGGUCAUUCGAACCUAUUGGGACUUGGAAUAUCCUCACCCACUCUUACCCAAUUUUCAGUAUGUUGGAGGCCUCCACUGCACACCUGCUAAACCUCUGCCUAAGGAAAUGGAACAGUUUGUCCAGAGCUCAGGGGAAAACUGUAUUGUGGUGUUUACUCUGGGGUCAAUGGUCAGUAACAUGUCAGAAGAGCGAGCCAAUGUGAUUGCGUCAGCCCUUGCCCAGAUUCCACAAAAGGUUCUGUGGAGAUUUGAUGACAAAACACCAGAUACCUUAGGGCAGAAUACUCGGCUGUAUAAGUGGAUCCCCCAGAAUGACCUACUUGGUCAUCCAAAGACCAAGGCCUUCGUAACUCAUGGUGGAGCCAAUGGCAUCUAUGAGGCAAUCUACCACGGGAUCCCGAUGGUGGGCAUUCCGUUGUUUGCAGAUCAACCUGAUAACAUCGCUCACUUGAAGGUCAAAGGAGCAGCUGUCAGACUGGAUUUGGGUACACUGUCUAGUACAGAUUUGCUCCGUGCAUUGAAGAGAGUCAUUAAUGACCCUUUAUAUAAAGAGAAUGCUAUGAAAUUAUCAAGAAUUCAUCAUGACCAGCCAAUGAAACCUCUCGACCGAGCGGUCUUCUGGAUUGAGUUUGUCAUGCGCCACAAAGGAGCCAGGCACCUGCAGCCAGCCUCCCAUGACCUCACCUGGUUCCAGUACCACUCCCUGGAUGUGAUUGGGUUCCUGCUGGCCUGUGUGGCCACUGCUCUGUUUGCCAUCACAAAAUGUUAUCUGUUUUGUUGCCAGAAGUUUGCUAAAAAAGGAAUGAAGGAAAAAAAGGAGUAGUUGUUUCUGAGACCAGAAGCUGGGAUGACUCACAGAUGGGCCUCCUCCAGUUUAUUCCAGCAAGAAGCUGCGAUGUAAGGUUCCCUUCCUCCUGUGAUAAAACGACUUUUUGCAAUUUAGCUUAUCAGAUCAAAUUUGUUUUCAAGGUAUUUACUACUUGUUUAAGAGUUAGAAAUACGUCAUGCUAAAGAGAAGAAAACUGACAUAAAAUAAAACUAUUUUUCUAAUUCGAAAGGUAUACCAACAAAAGUGAACUUAACUGUGUUUCCUGCCACGCACAUGGACACAAAAGC